UAUAAACGCCCGCCCGCGGAUAUAUCACCCGACGUUCGCUCUACCAACGAUCUCCUUACACCUUGCCUCUCCUUUCCUCCCCUUGCCUUUCGCGCCCUGGCGAUCAGUUAGGGCGUUGGAUUCUGUCGCCGACGAUCCAAGUCGAUUGACAAAAGCUCGAUUGCGAGCUCUAAUCUGGUUCUAUUCGAGGAAAGGCAGAGGCAUAUCACAAUGAAGGCCCUUAUUCUGGUCGGAGGGUUUGGAACACGGUUGAGGCCGUUGACACUCAGUGUCCCUAAACCACUUGUUGAUUUUGCCAACAAACCAAUGAUCCUGCAUCAGAUAGAAGCUCUUAAAGCUAUUGGCGUGAAUGAAGUGGUGUUGGCCAUCAAUUACCAACCUGAGGUGAUGCUUAACUUUUUGAAGGAAUUUGAGGCCAAGCUUGGGAUCAAGAUUACUUGCUCUCAAGAAACUGAGCCACUCGGGACUGCUGGCCCUUUGGCUCUUGCAAGGGACAAACUUAUGGAUGACUCUGGGGAGCCAUUUUUUGUCCUCAACAGUGAUGUUAUCAGUGAGUACCCACUCAAACAAAUGAUUGAUUUCCACAAAGCUCAUGGAGGAGAGGCCUCCAUAAUGGUAACCAAGGUAAAUAGUACUACUUCUUUCUUGCCUGGAUGCAUCCUAAGACUUGGACUUGAAGUAAAAAGAUUCCUGCUAUUUUGUUUACAGGUGGAUGAACCUUCAAAAUAUGGUGUGGUGGUUAUGGAUGACUCAACUGGGAAAGUUGAGAAAUUUGUAGAGAAACCAAAAUUAUUUGUCGGUAACAAAAUCAACGCAGGGAUAUACCUGCUGAACCCAUCGGUUCUUGAUCGAAUUGAGUUGAGGCCAACUUCAAUUGAGAAAGAAGUCUUCCCAAAAAUUGCAGCAGAGAGGAAGCUCUUUGCUAUGGUCCUCCCGGGAUUUUGGAUGGACGUUGGGCAGCCAAGGGAUUACAUCACGGGCCUGAGACUCUACCUAGAUUCUCUGAGAAAGAAAACACCAUCUAAGUUAGCCAUCGGUCACCAUAUUGUGGGAAAUGUCCUUGUGGAUGAGAGCGCCAAAAUUGGGGAGGGUUGUCUGAUUGGGCCUGAUGUUGCAAUUGGGCAAGGAUGUGUGGUUGAGUCGGGAGUUAGGCUCUCGCGUUGCACAGUGAUGCGUGGAGUUCGCAUCAAGAAACACGCAUGCGUUUCCAGCAGUAUCAUCGGUUGGCACUCCACUGUUGGGCAGUGGGCCCGUGUAGAGAACAUGACUAUUCUUGGAGAAGAUGUUCAUGUUGGUGAUGAAAUUUACAGCAAUGGUGGUGUGGUUCUGCCCCAUAAAGAGAUCAAAUCCAGCAUUUUGAAGCCAGAGAUCGUAAUGUGAGGAAGGUAUAUCUACCGUUGUUUGUGCAAGGAGAGAACAUGUGUAGGAUGUAGUAAUUUGUUGUGUUUGAUUGUGAGAUGAGUUUGUUUGUUUGUUUGUUUUUUUUUUGCCUUAUUCCUCUUUUCUCUUUGUAUCAUCUGCUGCAAGUGUAAAAGCCAGUCUCAGCAAGUUUUCAAGAGUGAUGGGGGGCUAAAAUGCUGAAGGGUCAUAUCAUCUGUUAAUGAUGGGUUUAAAUUAGUAUGGGCCUUUGGGGGUGGGAUGUGUACAUUUUAAUAAUGUUUUGUAUAUAUAAAUAAAGUGUUUCUUUGUGGUA